UCCAUGUUUUUUGUUGCGGACACCGCGGGCUACUCCUUGUCUAGCUAUUACACUUCUCUUGGUCUCUUUGUCAUCUCUGCUGCUGGACUUUGGUCCCUCAUCAAACGCUCUGUGAAAUCAAAGAUAUUGCAGAAGAUAUUCGUAGGGGAAGGAGCUGAGGAAAAGGAACCAAAUCCAGUGGCUGCUGAGAUUUUAUCUUUCUUCACUCGCAAAGAUUUCGUGGUCACCGAUAGGGAAGAGACUAUCGCGUUCGAGGGAAUGAUGGUUCCAAGCAGAGGACAAGCAGCAUUGUUGACAUUCUGCACCUACAUCAGACUUGCAAGUGUUGCCCUUGUGCUCACCAUCACAUUUCCAGAUGUGGGGAAUAACUGGUUCUGGAUCACUGUUCUAACUUCUAAGUCCAUUGGCAGGACCUUAUUCCUGGAAGAAGGCAUCAAGGAAGGAGCAGAUCAAAGUGAAGAUGCUGGUUGCCGACGACGGGACCAUGUCCGAGGUUAUUGUUCAAGGAGAUGAUCAGCAAGUAGAUCAAAUGAGAAAAGAACUAAGCUUAGUGAA